UUCUAAUAUGGCGCCGUUCACUCGCAACGGUGGCGUACUGGCGGUUGUUUUACGUGUGACGAGUCGAGCGACCGUUUUUAAUAACGCAUGAAAACCACUGCGUGUGCGCCGGUAGCUUAACGGCAUAUGUGAACACCAUGCCUUGAUAGCGUCCAUUUUGUUGCUUGAUCGUGAACUACGCUAGAGACGGAAAAUUUGUUGAGAUGUCUCUUGUUGCGUACGCCGACAGCGAUGACUCUGAAGACGAUAGUAGCGAGGACGCUGGCUCCGAAAAAGUUACUGGUAAUGUGCAAGAUUCUGCCAGACAAGUGGACGAGGAGCUUGCUGAAAAGAUCGCCGAGGAUGAGCGCGAUUCCGUGACUGAAGGAGAUGAGGAACUUGAAGAUGGCGAAAGAGCAGCACCUGAACAACAACAUAGUGCCCUUACAAACACCGGAGACCCUGCAAAUCCGCAAAAGUUGUUUUCGAGGUUACCUCCUCCUAAACACAGCGCAGCAACACUGCACGAUCCGUCGUUGCAAGACGUAGUCGUGAAACGGGCGAAUAAGUCUACAAAGUCUAAGCGAGCACAGAUCCUCAUUCCUUCUUUAAACCAGUUUGACGAUGAAGAAGAGGAGGAGGAGGAAAACAAGAAAAAGAAGUUCCGACCUGCCCAGACUGGCUCUGGUCUCAUAGGCAUGUUGCCAGCACCGAAACACGGCUCCCUAACAACAAAGCAGCUGACGCCACAGGUAGUGGCGAGGCCGCCACCUCCUCGCAAAACAGCUCCGAAACAGCCAGUGCCGAAGCCUAGGGCACCGGCGGCACCGCAGCCGACUACGUCAUACCCGUGGGAGCAAGACGACGGCGACGACGCAGAUUCUACCGAAGAUGCACCGAACUUUUUCACGUUCAGUGAGCCGCCGUUGCCGAAUGUGAACAUUGACGCUGAGCUUCAGGCUGCUGCCAGUGUAUCACCCGCUGCCCCUGCUGGGUCACUCGUGAGCUCUUCGUAUGGCGAGCCCGAGCCAGAACCACAGCCAAGUGUCAAUGUUGAGCCUGGCCCUGACGUGCAAGCGCCUGCGCCAAGUCGUAAGGGAAAGAUCGUCUAUGCGGAACCUGACGAGCCAGGGACGUCUGUCUAUGACGUUGAGCUUGACGAUGGAGCUUUGGUGAGACUGCGUGGCAAGCGUCAGGAGGAGAUCAACAUCAUUGACGUGUGCGCGGACAACCAGAUUGACAAGACUCAGAUCCUCAUUCGGGGCCUCACUGAACAGCCCACAUACUCGAGCCACAGCAACACGAGUGACUUCAACACGAGCCAACAGCAUCGUCGCAAGCACCAGAUCACCUACUUGGCGCAGCAAGCCAAGGCACGAGAACAGGAGUUGAAAAACACCUGGGCACAAAAUCGUAUGACUAAGCGCCAGACUCAAGCAAAGUAUGGUUUUUGAUGUCUUGCACCUGGUGCUUCAAUAAAGGAUGCGUUGCAUUUUCUU